UUAAUAACUAGCAUGUUUUUAAAGAUGGCGCUAUCUUCUGGGCCUAGUUCUUCUCUUGAAGGGAACCAGCAGUCACUACCAGAUAGUCUUCUAGUGACACCAAGCCGACCACAGCAACGAAACACUACUCCAAAUGAGGCUGGGAGGGAGACUGUCCCUACAAAUGGAGCAGAGUCCAUGAUGAAUCAGUUCUUUUCUCACCCUCCAUCAUUUACCGAUACUAUUUUACAAGAUCCACCUCAGCCUCAGCUUAGCGCCGCUCAACACAAGCUUUCUCAUCUUUUUGAGAACGAGGUACAGGCGUACGAACACCUAACAGAGGAAAAUUGGAAGUAUCCGGAGUAUCCUUUGGCAAGAAUAAAGAAGAUAAUGAGAAUGGAUGAAGAUGUACAGAUGAUAAGUGGCGAAGUCCCGAUAAUAUUUUCGAAAGCCAUUGAGCUUUUUGUAUCGGAGCUAACCCUGAGGGCGUGGAUAUACACUGAGGAGACGAAAAGAAGGACUAUACAGCGUAGUGACAUAGCAAUGGCUAUAGCUAAGAAUGACAUGUUUGAUUUUCUGAUUGACAUUGUACCUAGAGAAGAAAUACAUGUACACUCGCGUUCAAGAUCACACCACAAAGAUUCUUUAUCUAACGUGACAGAGCCUCAAUCAUCUGCUCUUUCUCUCAAUCCUGACGUACUACAAACUUACUUGCAGCUAAUGUCGCAGCAGCUGGAACAGGACAAUAGAGACGAGGACAAUGAAAGUGAAGGAGUUAGUUCGGCCACUUCACAGGUAUUGCAACAGUUACAAGUGAUUCAGCAAUUGACUCAAACUGGGCAACAAACGACUCAAGAGGAACCAAAUCCACUUCCUCCUCCUCCUCCUUCAUCUGCUUCUGCUCCUCUUUCUCAUCCUCCUCCUCUCACUAGUGUCCCAGUGUCUUCUACUCAUGAUACACCACCACCACCACCUGCUCUGAUACCAUCAGACAAUAUACAGCAAGAACAGCAGCAGGAUGCACAAGUUCUACCUGCUCCUCUAACUUCUCUACCUCAGUUGAUCCCGUCCACAGAUUCUUCCAUACUAGUACCUUCUAGUCAUUCAAAUGAUGAAUUGCUAGUUCAACCAGAAGUCUUGCACUAUUCUUCACACGAGCACUCCGCCGCUGACAUUAAUAAUUUGUUAUCUUCAAACCCAAUUGACUCCAUUCCUGUUACCACGUCUCAGUUCUUCAACGUAGCUCCUCUACCUCCUCCUCUCUCUUCCUCUAUUGCUCAGUCGCAAGUUGUUUCUCAAGAUCAGAACCAAUAUCAAGAUCAAGGCUUAGCUCAAUAUUCAUCAUCAGAUAAUCACUUUUAAGAGUCAGAGGCAUAUUCACAAUUGCAAGUACAUUCAAGUUCUCCCAUUUUUGUGGGCAAUAUUUAACUACAACUGAACUUAAUGCCAAAAGACAUUUUUAUCCUUGAAACUAUAAUAUAAAUACUAAAUACUAAAUAGAUAUGAAUAUAUAUUAUACAAGAAUUUA